AUGGCGAGCCUCGAUGCAACCCCGGAGCCUAAGGGCUUUGACCUGAAAGUGGAGGUACCAGAGGGCGCCAUCUCAACUCUGGCUUCUACCUGCGCUUCCAACUUCUACAAUACACUGCAGCGGCUCGCAACGACCGAGCCCAGUGAGCCAAGUUCAGAUGAAUCCUCGGAUGAUGGGGUGGAUAGAUGGAAGAUCGAGGCUGAGAGCAUCCAGAGGUCAAUCAGCGAGCUUGACCGUCUUGCUAUCCACAUCCGACAGUCUUCCACCUCCUCUCUCGACGCGCGAGUCAAGGCAUUCGGGGCAAGGAAGCCUUCCGAGGUCUCUUCUUAUGAGACCAGGGCGACAAUCGCCGUGAGUUGCCUGUAUCCGAGAGACUCUGACAGCCUCCGCAGAUACUUGAGCAAUUCGAUGACACAGAGACAUACGAAGCUCUUGUACUGGCAGUCUCAUGACAAGAAACUCGGCGCAGAUCGUCGCCGCGAUAAACAACGACGAGAUGACUCUAUCCAAACACCACGAGAACCGUCACCGUUACCCACCAAAGCACCACCACUGCCACGGCAGUCAGCAAGAGACGAGGACACAGCACCGCCAAUACCUGGAGAAAGGAGGGUCAGUGCUGGCUCUUCCUUUCUAUCUGGGACUCGGGCAUCGGAGCUGGGAUCCCAAUUCACCAUCCCACCCGCCGAGGCCAAAAUAUCGACUCGAAAGCGAGCUGGUGCAUCCACCGCUUUGCAGACCGGAGCAAAGUGCCCCAGCCCGCCCAAGUUCGAAGAUGGAGAACUCCAAAAGCCUUGCCCUCUCUGCUGA